UUUUUCCUCAUACAAGAGCACCUACCCCUAAUCUUAGAAGCCUAGCUACUAAAACUCUCUACAGUCAUGGCCAGUUUCUCCUCCACCAUUUUCAUUCUUUCCCUUCUCCUUGUUGCCACAUUCACUACUGCUUGUGGUCCAUGCAGUGAACCAAUCAAGCCAAAGCCAUCACCAAAGAAAGCACCCCCAGCCAACCCCUUUUGCCCAAGGGACACAUUGAAGCUUGGUGUUUGUGCUGAUGUACUUGGGCUUGUUAAUGUAGCAAUUGGGAGUCAAGUGACAAGUCCUUGUUGCUCAUUGCUUCAAGGUUUAGCUGAUUUGGAAGUUGCAGCUUGCCUUUGCACUGCAAUUAAGGCUAAUGUGCUUGGAAUUGUCAAAUUGGAUAUCCCUGUUGCACUUAGUGCUUUGGUUAGUGCUUGUGCUAAGACCAUUCCCACAGGUUUCAAGUGUAAUUAGAGAGGGAAAUGCAUCAAGAUUUGCUAGCUAGUGUCUCCUGUUUUAAUCCUUAAUUUUCAAUCAUUGGGUUGUAAAAUGUUGUUGUGUUGUGAUUUAUCUCUGUGUUUGCCUGAUUUGUUUUCAAGGUAGCUUCCUUUUUAUUUUCACUAUUAAAUUGUUUUCUUUUGGUUGUGUGUAAAACAAUUUGUAAUUUGUGAUAAUAAGCAUGGGAAACAUUGUUCACCUUGUGAAGUUGCCCUUU